AUGUCGGACUCAACGGACAAGGGAAAGGCCCCUAAGCGCCACGAGGAUGAAGCUGAAGAUGCCGGCACCGGCAGCGCCUCCAACAGCGGAACCGCAGCUGCCACCAAAAAGCUACCACCGAAGAUGCUCGAAAUGCUCAUGGAAGCGAACCCUGCCCUCAAGAACGAGCUUGUCAACAUGCCGAAGGACAAGGCGGCGGAGUUGCUUUCGAAGAUGGACAUUGCGCAGUUGUUGACUGGCCUGUCGCUGGGCGGUGGAAAGAACCAGAAGGACAUGGCUUCAUACAAGUUCUGGCAGACACAGCCCGUGCCUCGAUUUGACGACCAAGCGAACCCGACCCCCGUUACCCAGGGCCCGAUCAAGCUUAUCAACCCGGAGGAAGUACCGAAGACUCCUGGACCGUUGGUUGACGGGUUUGAGUGGUGCACACUCGAUUUGACCGACCCUAACGAAUUGAAGGAACUGUAUGAGUUGCUGAACAACCACUAUGUGGAGGAUGAUAAUGCCAUGUUCCGUUUCGCCUACUCACAGUCGUUCUUACACUGGUUCGGCCUCCAGCUAAAGUUACACCCCUCCGCAUCGGCCCUCAUGUCUCCUGGCUGGAAAAAAGAAUGGCAUGUUGGUGUUCGGGCCACUAAAUCGCGCAAGUUGGUCGCAUCCAUUUGCGGUGUUCCGACGGAGAUCCGCGUCCGCGGUGAGCGGCUGAAGGUGACUGAGAUCAACUUCCUCUGCAUCCACAAGAAACUGCGCUCCAAACGUCUUGCCCCUGUUCUGAUCAAGGAGAUUACCCGUCGCUGUUACAUCAAUGGCAUUUUCCAGGCCAUCUAUACCGGCGGCAUCAUUUUGCCCACUCCUGUCAGCUCGUGCCGAUACUACCACCGCGCGCUGGAUUGGCUGAAGCUCUACGAAGUUGGCUUUUCGCCUCUCCCCACUGGUUCCACCAAGGCCCGCCAGAUUGCCAAGAACCAUCUCCCUAGCACCACCUCUACUCCCGGUCUGCGGCCUAUGGAGGUAAAAGAUAUUGAUGCGGUUUACGAUCUUCUGGAACGAUACAGUCACCGGUUUGAUCUCAACCAGGCUCUCACCAAAGAGGAGGUUGAGCACUGGCUCGUGUAUAAGGAGCAGCCUGGCAAGGACCAGGUUGUUUGGUCAUACGUGGUGGAGGACCCCAAGUCUCACAAGAUUACCGACUUUGUCUCAUUCUACAACCUUGAGUCCACAGUCAUUGAUAACCCCAAGCACGAGGUUGUCCGUGCUGCCUAUCUGUAUUAUUACGCGACCGAGACCGCCUUCACCGACAACACCCAGGGACUCCGGGAGCGUCUCCUGGUGCUGAUGAAUGAUGCACUGAUUUGUGCCAAGCAGGCCAAAUUUGACGUCUUCAAUGCCCUCACCCUGCAUGACAACCCCUUGUUCCUCGAGCAGCUCAAGUUCGGCGCUGGCGACGGUCAACUCCACUUUUAUCUGUACAACUAUCGCACAGCUCCCAUCCCGGGUGGAAUCAACGAUAAAAACCUGCCUGAUGAGAAGAAGAUGGGUGGUGUCGGUAUCGUCAUGCUUUAG